CCAUUCCAAUACCUGUUUUGAUUUUAGUUCUACUUUUGGUUCCUAUCAAGUAGUCUCAACCGUUAAGGUUUUGAUUCCACCAUUUCAUACUAUGUGGAACCAAUCUACAUUUACACCAAAAUAUCGAGUCCAAACUUUAAAACAUGGGAAGUUGGUCCAUUGUUAAGCACGAUAAAUUGACAUGGCUACCACUCAAUGAAGUAACCAGACACCCCCUUGGAGUGCCAUAUUCAAAACCACUCAAUAUCAAAAUCCCGAAACACUGUCAAAUAAACAACGCAAAAACACUUGUGUAUGGAGAACCAGAAAUAGUAGUCAGCCCACCUCACCAACUCCUCAUGAAUAUCUAAAAACUAAUAAAAAGGACAUGGCUUUUCUUCUACCGAAUUUCUCUCCUCAUCUUCUUCAUCAAACCAAAGCAUCCAAAGAAAAGCCCGUUCUCCAAACAACAAGACAUAACUUUUUUCCUCUAGCUCUCUCUGUAACCAGUCUACAGACUCCAACGCUUCAGGAUGCGCAGGUUAAGACCCCACCACGAGAGCAGGAUAACCACCACCACCAUGAAAAAAAUGACUUUUAUGUCAACUUAGGCCUUGCUGUAAGGACAUUGCGUGAGGAUAUGCCGUUGUUGUUCACCAGAGACCUCAAUUAUGACAUUUACAGGGAUGAUAUAACAUUUGUGGAUCCAUUGAAUACAUUUACUGGCAUUGAGAGAUACAAAUUGAUAUUUUGGGCACUGAGAUUUCAUGGUAAAAUUCUGUUUCGUGAUAUCUCGCUUGAUGUAUUAAGGAUUUGGCAACCUUCAGAGAAUGUGAUAGUCAUAAGGUGGAACUUGAGGGCUGUUCCUAGAGUUCCGUGGGAGGCCGAAGGCCAGUUUCAGGGUAAUUCAAGGUAUAAAUUGGAUCGAACUGGCAAAAUUUAUGAACACAAAGUUGAUAACCUAGCAUUCAAUUUCCCACAACCUCUCAAACCGGCAGCAUCAGUGUUGGAUUUGGUUUCUGCUUGCCCAGCUAGUCCUAAUCCAACGUUUUUAUGGAGUCCCAUGGACAUGUACUCAUCUUCAUGGGAGGAGUUAUACCGGUCAGUGAUGGAGACAUUAGAUCAAGAAAUCUACUUGAAUGUACAAGAUGGUUUGGUUACUUGUUCAUAGUCACUAGCUCUAGUUGAGACAUAAUCUGUACAAACCAUAUCUAUAUGUAUGUAUGUAUGUAUAUGUAUAUGUCUAUAUGUUAGUGUAUCACUUACAUGAGUAGUGAACAAAGAUUUUGUUGAAGGAUCAGGAUAUUUGAUACUGAUUUCUUCUUGUGUUGUUUAGAGGCAGACAAGCCCCUGUAGAACUUGUUACAUAAGCAAUCAAGCUACUUUGCCUACUGAGAAAAAGUGGUUGAUUUCUCUUUUAA